ACCAUAGCUAUUAAAAUAUCGGAAGUGAACUCGAUCGAUGAUAUGAUUUUCACAACUAUUACCAUUUCUAAAUGUGGCAGCCCUUGUUGGAGUCUUUUAAAAAGAAGUUGACAAGUUGGAAGGGUCGGCAUCUUUCUCUUGGGGGUCGAAUCACGCUCAUCAACUCGGUGCUGUCCAGUUUGCCUGUGUUUUUAAUGUCAGUUUACCUCCUGCCAAAAGGUACUAUCAAAGCAAUUGACAAAAUCCGGAAGAGUUUCCUCUGGGGUGGGGAGGGAGAAAGGAAAAGAAUUAAUUGGGUCAGUUGGAAGAAGGUGUGCUUGCCAAAAGAGUGUGGAGGGUUGGGAGUGAGAGACCUAGGGUAUUUUAAUUUGUCACUAAUGGGUAAAUGGUGGGGGAGACUAGCAGCAAAAGAGGAGGGUUUAUGGAGGAAAGUGAUUGCAAGCAAAUACAGUGAGGGAGGGGGGCACUGGAUGGAUUGGGUUAGGAAUGGUGCAGGGGACUGUUCUUCUUGGUGGAGAGAUGUCAAAAGGACAGAUAAAGCAGAUGGGGAAUCCUCGGGGUGGCUAGCAGAGGGCUUUAGAUUGAAGGUAGGAGAAGGGAAGGAAGUAAGCUUCUGGUGGGACGAGUGGUGCGGGGAGAUUUGUCUAGCUAAUAAAUUCCCGAGAUUGUAUCUUUUAUCUGAAGGAAAGGAGAAAGAGUGCUGCAAAAUGGGAACUAUGUGCAAUGGAACGUGGAAAUGGAACAUUACAUGGAGAAGGAAGUUGUUCGAAUGGGAAGAAGAGGCAGCAAAGGAACUGAGUACGAUGAUUGAGGGUGUGAAGAUAUAUCCUGGACGUCCUGAUGAGUGGGAGUGGAUUCUUAGCAAGGAUUCUCGCUACUCAACCAAGACGGCGUACUCGUUCUUGACAAAGGAGCCGAGGUGCCUGACUCAAGAAAAAGUCUUCAGGAGAGUAUGGAACCCCAUCCUCCCGACCAAGAUAUCAGCCUUCAACUGGCAACUGCUGCUCAAUAGACUGCCAACCAAGUCUAACUUGUUGAAACGAGGUUUUAGCGUAAUCAUGGGUGAUGGCAAUUGCAUCCUGUGUCAAGAAGAGGAAGAAGACGCAACCCAUCUAUUUCUGAAAUGCAAAAAUGUAAGAUGGAUAUGGAAGGAGUGUGCUAGGUGGUGGGGGAUCAAUUUAGAGAUACAAGAGGACUGCUGGAAGACAUUUGAAAAGCCUGGGGCGUGGACCAAAAACUCGAAGAUCAGAAAAGGUUGGGAUUGUACCUGGAGCGCAACGGUAUGGUCCAUAUGGCUAAUGCGGAACCAAAGAAUCUUCCAGAACCAAGAGAUGGAUCCGGGUAAGCUAUUUGAUCUGGUUCAAAUUCGAUCGUUCUUAUGGUUUAAAGCAAAAAAUGCCUGGUGUUACUUUACUCUUUCGGAUUGGAUUAGCAAUCCCAUUGCAUGCCUCACUGUGAACUGUGGUGGUAAAAGCUAGGGAGGAAUAGUCUGAAAGAUGGAAUUAACAUUUUAGUGGCUGGGUUUUGUGUUGUCUUGUGUUAAUGCUCAGGUGGUUUUUUCUCGUCACGGGUAUGGUGUCGACACUUUGUGAGGGUGUCGACACCCUGCUUCUUCACUAAUGUAAAUGUAGGCUUUUCAAUCAGUUUUGUUAAGGGUUUGGGGUACCCCUUGCACUCCGUUUAUUAAUAUAUAUAUCCUUUGCUG